UGGGGGCCGCGGCGCUCCGGAGAGCGACCUUGCGGCUAACUGACCGGUGGCCCGCUGCCGCGCCAUGGGCACCGUGCCGUCAGCCCUGAAGCACUGCCUCAGCUACCAGCACCUCCUCAAGGAGCAGCUGUGGAUCGGGGAGCAAGCUUCGCAGCCGCCUGCGGCUCCGCACCCCGGGCAGGAAUCUCAAGCAUCUGGACUGCCUGCGUACGUAAAGAUUGUAGAAGUUGGGCCAAGAGAUGGAUUACAAAAUGAAAAGGUGAUAGUCCCAACUGAUAUCAAAAUUGAGUUAAUCAACCAGCUUUCCAAAACUGGCCUUCCUGCAAUAGAAGUGACUAGUUUUGUUUCAUCCAAAUGGGUGCCUCAGAUGGCAGAUCAUAAAGAAGUAAUGAGAGGCAUUGAACGGCAUCCUGGAGUCCAGUAUCCUGUUCUUACACCUAAUCUUCAAGGUUUUCAUGCUGCUAUUGCAGCCGGGGCCACAGAAGUCUCAGUAUUUGGUGCAGCGUCUGAAACAUUUAGCAAAAUGAAUAUUAAUUGUUCAAUUGAAGAAAGCAUAGAAAAAUUUGAAGAUGUUGCUAAAUCUGCAAGGAAUAUGAACAUUCCAGUGCGUGGGUAUGUGUCGUGUGCAUUGGGAUGCCCAUAUGAAGGAAACAUCAUACCAACUAAAGUGGCAGAAGUAUCUAAGCGGCUGUACAGUAUGGGAUGUUAUGAAAUCUCCCUGGGGGAUACAAUUGGUGUGGGGACUCCUGGAAGCAUGAAAAGAAUGCUGGAAGCUGUUAUGAAAGAAAUUCCUUUGUGUGCUCUUGCUGUUCACUGUCAUGACACAUACGGCCAGGCAUUAGCCAAUAUCCUCACAGCCAUACAGAUGGGAGUUGCUGUAGUGGAUUCAUCUGUUGCAGGACUGGGUGGUUGUCCUUAUGCAAAAGGUGCUACUGGAAACGUAGCCACAGAGGAUGUGAUAUACAUGCUUAAUGGUCUGGGAAUCAACACAGGAGUAAAUCUUUAUACAGUGAUGGAAGCUGGAAACUUCAUCUGUACAGCUUUGAACAAGAAAACAAAUUCAAAGGUUGCACAAGCAUCCUUCAAUACUGGGACUGUCAAUUAAAUUAAUGGUUUUUGCAGCUUAAUUACAUUCUUCAUCUACCUUGACAAAGGACAUUUAUAUCAACAAAACAAAUAUAAAAAAAUAAUUUCAGCAAAGAACCAAAAUAGAACCCAUAUAUAACUUUUUCUUAUGGGAAGAGUUAUUGCUCUGUACUGUCUUGUCAAGAAUUAUCUGAUUUGUAAGUAAGAAAUAAAUGACUGUAGUACAGAACUUUGUGCUUGGAAUUUCUACAGAUGAGAAAAAUGUGUAUACACCAGAAUAUUUAAUUAUGUUUUAAAUUGAAUUUUAGUUCUUUUCAGGAAAACUGGAUAGAAGCAGUGACUACAUAGUUAAUUUUUAAUCAAGAUGACUUUUAGAACAGUGCAAAUAUUUGCAGUAGUUUAUGAGAUCCCACGCUGUGUGUGGCCAUUCUAUUAUGUGUCUUAUUUAUCUGAAUCUUUACUUUUAAUUUGUCAAGUCAGUUGUGUUAUGAACAUGGAGCCAAAUCUGAAUUCACCAUAAGAAUAUUUAGCAAUAGCACUUUUUUUUUUAUUUUUGUUUUGUUUAACAUCUGUUAAGUUAUGGAUGACUUUAUCUUGUUCCAAGACUUUGUGGUGAAUGGCAAUCUGCCAGAUCCUACAAAUCUAAUGCAAAUUUCCUUAUUUGUUACAUAUGUUAAAUUUGUUGUAUUUGCUUCUUUUUUUUUUGUUAACUCUAUUAAAAUGUAUAUGAAAAAAUUAAAAAAUGACAGGGUUUUCAACCAUCAUUCAGGGGAAUGGUAGUGUAGAAGGGGCUGAAUUUUUGUCUAAGGUCUCAUCAAACAAUUUGAUUUUUUUAUUCUGUAGUCUUUAAAUUUACAUUCUCACUUGAAAGUAAUGAGGUUUUGAGGAUAAUAAUGUUCUGCUGGACUAGUUUACAUAAGAGAACUGCUUAUGAUUUUUCUCUGAUAAUGAUAUUGUUCUUUUAGAUGUCUUAGGUCUGCAAGAUGCCAGUGAACUGCAUUGUCAUUUUUAGAUCAGUAAUGGACAAAUUCAAAGAACCUUAUCCUGUCUGUAAACUGUUCAAAAGUGCCAUGGAAAUGCUGUAAUUCUUUCAGCCUGAAACAUCGGUACUGUUAUUGGUUGGCUGUGUAGGAUCCUUCUGUACUUCUUGGUGUAUCUAAUGUUGAUCUAUAUUUUUUUCUGAACAUCGCCUGUUAACAUAAAAACCUAAAAUCUAUGAUCUUUUUGAUAUUCUCAUUUUCCUCCAAAAUAUGAAAAACUGGAAAAAAACAAGAUGAA